CUUCAAAUCAUUGCAACUUCAAUUUAAUUUUUGUCUCACCCUCAAAGAACACAACAUAUAUAGUGGCAAAGUAUUAUAUGCUCUUAACAAUGCAGAUUCUUCAAUGGGUCUCUAAAGGGCAAAAUGAUCAUCAAAUAGGGAGGAGCAGCAACUGGAAAACAAUGAUAAGAGAUAAAAAGGGUAAAGGAAAAAAUAUGAUUACACUUAGAGGAGCAAAGGGAAUCGAAGGUAGAAAGCUUCGGAGCAAGAACUUGAAGCUGUUUAUUUUUAUCUGUGGAAAAGACAUUCCAAAGGCUUGUUUUUACAGAAACACCUACAUACACAGAAAAAGAAACUUGAACAGAAGAAGGAGUUUCAUCCUGAAUAUGAAGAGAGAAGAAGAUUUUGCUAUUCAUGUAGGAAACAAGGUUUUGCCUAUAUCAGAUGAAUCAUUCUCGAAAACAACUAAAACAAUUGAAAAUUAUUGUUUCAAUGCUGAAGCAAAGGAUCCAACUGAAGGUAAUGGGAGAAAGAAGCCCAUUUCAAGAAUGAAAGAGCUACUCAGAAGAGUUGCUUCAACAAAAGAAGACAAAAUAGAAGAAUUCUAUGAACAUAAGGUUUUACAGUAUAGAAGAGAAGGAAACGUAGGAGCAUUUGCAGAAGAAGAUCGAGGAAGCUGUGAAUCACCAAAGAUCAGUUUCACGUGGGAUGUGGAUAUUUCAUCUGUUCUCUCACUAGCUACUUUGUCUCAGAAUGUUCAAACCAACAUUUCAAAUUCACAAAUUUACAUCCCUCGCAAUAACACUUGCAGAAAAGAAAACUGGAUCACCACAGAUUCUGAAUGUAAGCCAACUUGUUUUUACUUUACCAAUCUUUUUUCAGCACCUUCUAAGAGAAUACAAGUUUAUAAUAAACUUUAUAAAAAGGGUAAAGGAAAAAAUAUGAUUACACUUAGAGGAGCAAAGGGAAUCGAAGGUAGAAAGCUUCGGAGCAAGAACUUGAAGCUGUUUAUUUUUAUCUGUGGAAAAGACAUUCCAAAGGCUUGUUUUUACAGAAACACCUACAUACACAGAAAAAGAAACUUGAACAGAAGAAGGAGUUUCAUCCUGAAUAUGAAGAGAGAAGAAGAUUUUGCUAUUCAUGUAGGAAACAAGGUUUUGCCUAUAUCAGAUGAAUCAUUCUCGAAAACAACUAAAACAAUUGAAAAUUAUUGUUUCAAUGCUGAAGCAAAGGAUCCAACUGAAGGUAAUGGGAGAAAGAAGCCCAUUUCAAGAAUGAAAGAGCUACUCAGAAGAGUUGCUUCAACAAAAGAAGACAAAAUAGAAGAAUUCUAUGAACAUAAGGUUUUACAGUAUAGAAGAGAAGGAAACGUAGGAGCAUUUGCAGAAGAAGAUCGAGGAAGCUGUGAAUCACCAAAGAUCAGUUUCACGUGGGAUGUGGAUAUUUCAUCUGUUCUCUCACUAGCUACUUUGUCUCAGAAUGUUCAAACCAACAUUUCAAAUUCACAAAUUUACAUCCCUCGCAAUAACACUUGCAGAAAAGAAAACUGGAUCACCACAGAUUCUGAAUGUAAGCCAACUUGUUUUUACUUUACCAAUCUUUUUUCAGCACCUUCUAAGAGAAUACAAGUUUAUAAUAAACUUUGUUGGAAAUAUCAUGUCCCAAUUAUCACUAAAUUAUGA